CGAGGAAUGCUCGCGCUGCCAAACGAGCGUCGAGACCGAGAAUCGUCUUCUGGUGGAGUUUGUGCUCGUACCGAACGCGGAGGAGGUCGCAGAGGUUAGAGCUCGGGAUGGGGGAGGCGAUGGAGGAGGAGGAAGGGAUGGAUAGUAUGGCGUGGAGGAGGAGGCGGAAGAUGAGGAGGACGAGUCGCUUUGGAGAGGUUUUGGCAUUUAUGGAGGCCCGGGCGCAUUCGUGCGGCUGAGGUUUGUGCGUGGGCCAGACAGGCCCAUUGCAGUACAGGGAGGCCAGUGGAGAGGACGUCAGUGCUGCGAUCGCAAGAAGCAUGCCGGGCCUGGCUGGAGCCGGUGGGUCUCUUUUGGUGGCCCUCCUCGUCGAGCACUGAGCCAGUGUGCGCGGGCCUCACUUAUUGUCGCAAAAGCUUCAUGGUUUAUUUUCUGAGCUCGGCCCUCCGUCUCACGUGUUGUUAGGCCUGGGAGGACGAGGAGCAGCGAGGGGGAGGCGAGCGAGCUGAUUUCCUGCUGCUGCCUCUGACUGGCAUACAACACGACGACCGGUUGACGAUCCCAUCGCUGCACUCUGCGUUGUCGCCUUCCCCGGAGAAUUUUCGCUGCCUCACUACUCUCGGGGAGAGCCUUGGGAAGCUUGGUCGUCACUGACGUCACGCAGGACAUUCGAGCUCGGACUCGACCUGCUGCUCUUUCCAGGCUUCGUGUUUCUGAUUUCGAGUAUCAUGCUCGAAGGCGCUGGACGUUUUUGAUUGCGACGCUGUGGGGCGCAUUGUGCAGGCCACGAGGCGAGGCCGCAUUGCUGCUGUCUUCGAAGGGUCUUGUUCAUUUUACCCCUGCUAGUGGUGGGGAGAGAGGGAGCAGGUGGAAUGUCUCAUUACGAAAGCAUGGAGCCGACGACGGUGGAAUGAUGCAGCUAGCAAAAUGAAGACCGCAUUGAUAUUUCGACUGCAGUGUUGACUGAUCGUGUGGUCUUAGGUCAGAUCUCAGUAGCGGAAGAGACUGAAGAUCGUUAUUGCUGGUGGCGCAUGUUGCCUUCAUUUCCGAGGCUUGUCAGGCUUUGAAAUCAGUGUGCCACGAUGAUCGUCCAAGCGAGAGGACGAAAGGGCGGGAUCAAUGGUUCUGCCGAGGAGAAGAAGGGUCUUGUAGAAGACUCUGACGCCGAAGGAGAAGAUUUCGAACUUGAGGAGGGAGUCAAAGUGGAGAAGGAUACCGUUUUUAGCAUACAGAGCAAGAAGAACACCAGCUAUGCUUGGGCAAGUGUUGGAUGGGGUUACUUCAUGAACAAUCUGGCGAAGAUCAUUCUUGUCUUCUUCACCAUUCUGAGCGUUGUGAUCCUUCUCCUUGUGAGGAAUCGAGGGGAAGAAGCUGCUCUCAUUUGCAUCGAAGAGGUCUCGAAGGAGCUGGAAGUGGUUCCAUACCCGAAAGUCGACUUCAAGCUUGUGAAACAAGCCAAGGAUUACACAAGGUUUUCUGCGGUGAAUGCUGAGCAGUGGAUCAUUGUUUCUGUAUCUGGCCCUCCAACUCCUGAAGUUGAAGCUUUUACGAAAUUGAAAGGCUGGCAGGUUCUCGCCAUUGCAAUUUCAGACGCACCAGCUGAGUGGAGACUAGCAAAUGCCAUAUUUCUGUCCCUGGAUCAACAGGCACAACUUGGGUAUCGGAUCAACAGAUUCUUGCCGUACAACUCGUACAUCAGAAAGAAUAUUGGGUAUCUGUUUGCAAUCCAACAUGGGGCUAAAAAAAUCUAUGAUGCCGAUGAAAAAGCAUCUUUGCUACAUGAUGAUCUUUCGAAGGUGUUCGAUUUGCAGUUGUCAGGAGCAGGUAGUAGAAGAGAAGCCGUGUUACAGUAUCGGUAUUUCGACAACAGGAAGAUUGUGAAUCCUUUCAUCCAUUUCGGGCAGAGGUCUGUGUGGCCCCGUGGUCUUCCAUUAGAAUCCGUCAGCGAAAUUUCUCCUGAAAUAUGGUACGCCGAAGUCAAUGGUGGUAGACAGUACAUUCAGCAGAGUCUUGCCAAUGGAUUACCUGAUGUUGACUCCAUUUUCUACUACACCAGAAAAUCUCAAGCUGUUGCCUUUGAUAUUCAGUUUGAUUCUUUCGCGCCUCCCGUCACACUACCUCAAGGCUAUAUGGCUCCAGUAAACGCUCUGAACACAUUGUUUCAUCCCUCUGCCUUCUGGGCGCUCCUUCUUCCCGUCUCCGUAGGGUCCAAGACAGCUGAUAUUGUUAGAGGCUACUGGGGGCAACGACUUCUUUGGGAAGUUGGGGGAAUGCUAGGAGUUUACCCACCUACAAUUCGGCGGAAGGAUACCUUAGAGCCGAUUAUUUUUGAACAGGAAAAGGAUUUGCAUGCGAAGGUUGAUAAGCUUGUUUCAUUUCUCCUGCGCUGGAGAUCCAACAAAUCCACCCUGUUUGAGAAGAUUUUGCACUUGAGUCAUUCUAUGACUGAAGAGGGAAUGUGGACAAUUCAAGACCUCCACUUGACCACAGCAUGGGUGCAGGAUCUGGUCUCAGUGGGCUACAAUGAACCACGAGUGUUAUCGCACGAGCUUGAAAGAAAUCGGAGUUCAUGGUCAAACUUGGGCCACCAGCAGUUUCUGCCUCAUACAUUUUCAGCUCCUUAUUUGGGUGUGGAAGAUUUGUCUGGGAUGGCGAGUUCAAUGGCUGAUCUUACUAGGUGGAGACAUUUUUGGGGGAAUAUUGUCUUGAUCCUGGAGUGCGUUGGUCCCAGCGAUCACACUGUCUUCGGGUGGCGGAUGUUCUAUGCCCGUCUCUUCAAGCAUGUUGUGAUCUUGGGCCCUGAAGAAAAUCUGGAUCUCGGAGUUGAAAAAGUAACAUGGCAGUCAUACAAUUCAUUUGCAGGUAUAUUUGACCGGUAUCCAAACGCAGACGGUUUCCUGAUGAUCAAAGACGAUGUCGUACUGAACUACUGGAAUCUGCUGAAUGCGGACAAGAAGAAGCUGUGGAAUGUGCACAAGGUACCCGUGGCUUGGCAGAGUAUCGGAUUUAACGACACGGGAAAAGAGUGGUUCCAUUCCGAUGUCACCAAACAGAACGUACAAAAGGCCAUAAAGAGUAUGCCUCCGAAGUUCCGUCAAUCCUAUCGGAAGGUCAAAGAUGAUGGUCAUUUUGUGAUGUCCCCUUCUGAUCUGUACUACGUACCCCAGUCUUAUGUCAACGACUUCAUCACGCUGAUCACUCCUGCCAACAAUGCCCAGCUGCGCCCAGAGGUUGCAAUUCCACUGAUUUUUCAGGCUAUGGAGAAACCCGACAAUUAUGAUCAUGCGGCCUUGAGCUCCAUGUUGUAUUUCGACGAAAGGAAAAAGUUUGAUCCAGCUGCCCUCUACCGAACUGACUUGGACGCAGUGCAUCCAUGGAGGCCAAACAAUGAAGCUGAACUGGCUAGAUUAUUUAAGAGUGUAGGCAAGGUUGACGCACAUUUAUUGGAUGCCUUCGAUUAGAUUGAGUCCUUGUAUCAUUCUUCAAGUAGUUUUUGUUCAAUUCAUCGAAAGCUCUUGAUUGUAGUAUACGGUCACCGUAUCAGCACCUGAGAAUAUUAGUUAUUGAAACUCUGUCAAUAAUCAUCAGGUCAUGCAUAUAGACUUCAAUCGUAGCCUCCUGACACGGGAUUGAAGGUACUCUGUGCUACCAAUGUAGUCCGGAUUCCAAACCCACAGUACCUUGUAUACACAUUUCAGGGAUGCACAGUCAUACCGAGAUCUUGAAGCGUUUUUCUAUUUCAGGGUGGAGGAUGAAAAGGGGCGAUGUCACAUGGACAAGUCAAUCUUUACGCUGUAGGGACUGACGGAUAGAUAGCUAACACGAUUCAUUAUGAUUUAACGAAAAAGGUUGUCAAACUUUUACUACUGCUAUCAUUAAAAUUUUUGUGUCAGGUUGUUAUACCUGAAGGCUUGCU